AUGGAAGAAGAGAGGGAGAAGAUAAUGCAAGCCAGUGGCCCAGGGGGAGGAGUUGCCGCCGUUCGUGCCUUCAGUCGCCGUUGCGGUCUCGCUAUCUCCACUGUUUGGGUAGUCACCGGAGGGAGCCGUGGCUGUCCGCGCCGCCGUCGGAGCUGUUUCUCCAUUUUGUCGCUGUCUGUGUGCUCGGCAACAAAAAACUUGUUUGGUAUGCUUGUAAGGUGGUUAUUUGUUGGGACUGGCCUGGGUCUGGGCCCUCCUGCUGUUGCUCUGUAUGUGACAGAGGUUUCUCCUGCUUUUGUAUGGGGUACCAAUGGAGCCUUAAUCCAGAUUGCAACUUGCCUUGGUAUAUUGGGAGCUUUAUUGAUCGGAGCUCUGGAAAUGGUCUUCUGUGCAGAGAGUCCACAUUGGUUAUACAAGGAAUUGAGAGCUACAAUGAAGUCUGUCAAAAAUGAAGUGUUAAAAACAAAAAGAAACUACUUAGAGGAUUUCAAGUGCUUGCAUGUUAAUGAAGUAGGUGCUGAGCUUUCAUAUGGUAAAGUGGCUGAAACAAAAGUUCUCGAGCGUUGA